AUGUGUGGCAACGUGACUUUGAGAGCAGACGCUUCUUAUUUAGCAUGCUUAAUGUUUACAAAAGAUUUCGCGAUUAGUAAUGUUAUCGUUUGGAAUUGUUAAACAUCUGAUCUCUACAGACAUGGAAUAGUACUUUAAAUGAACUGAUUUAGACCGAAGUUUUAUGAUUUUCGUUCAUAUGUGACAUAUACGAGCUUUUUUUUUCAUUUACAAUUUUCAGUUCGGUUUUCUCUUUCCAAUAAAGCUUUACAUUAGCUUAAUAGCUUAAUUAUAUUAUAAGUUGAUUUUUAAUACAAGGUAAAAGUAAAAUGUAUAAGUAUUCCUUCUCAGUUAAUCGAAUAUUUAAACAUUUCACUUGCAAAAAUCGAAAUUUCCAAAAAUGGACUGCAGAUUUUAUCCAGUAUUCAGAAGAAGUGUCUGAAAGUAUUUUAAAAAGAAAGCCUAUAGUAGCUUUAGAGAGUACAGUGAUAACUCAUGGGCUUCCAUAUCCUGAGAACUUAAACACUGCUAUUGAAAUGGAAAAUGUUGUUAGGAAGAAUAAGGCAGUUCCAGCAACUAUAGGAAUUUUAGAUGGGAUUGUACAUGUAGGUUUAACUGCUAAAAAUCUUGAAAUUUUAGCAUCAAAGCAAAAGAGCUUCAUAAAAGUUUCAAGGAGGGAUAUGCCAUAUGUUAUCACCAAGGGUUUGAGUGGAGGAACUACUGUAGCUGGAACAAUGCUUUUAGCUCACAGAGCUGGUAUACCACUGUUCGUGACUGGUGGAAUUGGUGGAGUUCACAGAGGAGCUGAAACAACUAUGGAUAUAAGUGCAGAUCUAUAUGAGCUAUCUCGUACUCCUAUGACUGUAGUCUCAGCAGGAGUGAAAUCUAUUCUUGAUAUUGGACUCACUCUGGAAUACCUGGAAACUCUUGGAGUCUGUGUUGCUACUUUUGGUUCUUCGAAAAUGUUUCCAGCUUUUUUUACACCGUAUAGUAAAUUUUCAUCUGCUUGCAAUGUUGAAACAUACUCAGAGGCUGCUCAACUCAUAGAUUACCGCGAUCGCCUGGACUUAAAAAGCGGAUUGCUUCUCGCAGUACCAAUACCUGAAAGCUUUCAAGAAGACGGACAACGUACUGAAAUGGUAAUCGAAGAAGCACUAAAAGAUGCCAAGUAA